GAUUUAUUUUUUAAUUCACAAUUUAUUAUGGAUCGUCUCUCAAAGGAUUCCCAUUCGACGUUUGAAUUGAUGAAAGAAGGCGUUCCUAGCUGCACUUCCGGUUAAAUAGCUGAGCGAAAACGUGAGUCUGGGGAAAUGACUGGUGGGAUGUAAUGAGAAGAAUACAAAGUCUAGAGCAUGGGGACUGCGUAAAAUGGAUUAGUUAUACCCGUAUCCAUCAGAACAAACUCGGAUUGUAGAAGAUAUAGAUUUAGAGGAAAUCAACUAAAGAUGUCAGCUGGCAGAACCAUCCUUACCAACAAUGUCGCUAAAGACAGAAUGAUCACCAAAUUUCCACAGGCAUUCCAUCCAGAUGCCACUCCAUACCAAAAAAUGAACUUUCAUCCCAAAGUGAGACAGGCAUGUGGUGAAAAUAGAACGGGAAGGGUGGGGUUGAAGAUUUGUAAAGCUGUGUUGGUCGGGGAUGUUUCUGUAGGAAAAACAAGCUUAGUCAACAGGUUUUGCCAUGAUGUAUUUGACCGUGACUACAAGGCAACAAUAGGAGUUGACUUUGAAGUGGAAAAAUUCUCCAUUUUGUCUGUUCCCUUUACCCUUCAAAUUUGGGACACAGCUGGACAAGAAAGAUUCAAAUGUAUAGCUGCCUCUUACUACAGAGGAACUAAUGUUGUCAUGGUAGUGUUUGAUCUGAGUGAUGAGCGGUCUCUGUCUAACGCCUCGCGGUGGAUGGCAGAUGCCUGUGAAAACGCAGAUGAACCUGUGAAGUUUCUGGUGGGAACAAAGAAAGACAAACUGUCUCCCGCUGCCUAUGAGAAUGUAGAGAGAAGAGCUGCUGAUAUUGCUAGGACUUUAGGAGCAGAGUACUGGGCCGUAUCCUCCAAAUCAGGGGAGAAUGUCAAUGACUAUUUUUUCCGUGUUGUCUGCCUGACCUUUGAAGCCGCUGUCCUCAGGGAAUUAGAAUCUACACCUACACAAACCAAGCAGAUCGGAAAUGACUUAAUUAGAAUGGAGAAAAAUGACCUUUAUGAAGAAAAGAAGAAGAAAUCUUUAAAAUGCUGCAACGCUUAGUCCAAUUCCACCUUAAUCUCAGCUUAGCUCUGAUUCCACACCACCUUCAUCUCAGGUUCCAUUCCAAGCCAUGAUUUACUGCUUGCCUAAGCUUGGUCAUAUGUCAGCAAUCUUGUAGUCUUCACUCACAAUAUAAAAUAAUUGAAUCUCAUCUGUGUACGAUGUCACAUGCAUUUAUAAUUUUCCCCACAAGUAUGUGCAUUUAUUUAAUAUUUUAAAUAUCCAAAGGCUACCCUGCUGAACUCCUUUUUUAAGAAGAAGUAUUUUUAAGAAAUAUUUUCGUUGCCAAAUAAAACAAGGACCAUACGUAAUAACAAAAUAUUUUUGUUUUGAAAAGUCCUUAAUUCUGUGUUGUGCAUUUAUAUUUAUAUAUAUUUAUAUAUGUUGUUUAAAUACCAGUUUUGUUGUUCUAUAUGGCACAGAAGCUACUUAUUGUGAUGUAUACAUGUUACAUUGUUGUGUCCGAAAAAGCCGUCCUUUUUAACCUGAUAUUGAAUUAAAAAUACUUUACUCUGAUACAUAUAUACAUUAUAUUAUAAUUAUCAUAUAAUGAUAGGGGUUUAUUUUUCCAAGAUUAUCAUAACUGAUAAUCAAAUCCAUUUCUUUGUUACUCCUAACAAUGAGUUUUUCUUUUUCUUCUUUGCAUUUGGGCACUGAAAUAUAGAAACCAUGUUUACACUCUGUCAUACUUUGACUGUCCCACAUAGUGUUUAAUUGUCACACAUAGAGUUUAAAAAAAAAACUCUUAUAAUGGCUGUUUUUGAGGUUAGUUUAAUGAUUUAACCACCUGAGGAGUACAAUAUUUACCGAGCCCAAAGGAUGAGGUGAAUAUUCUUCUUCAAAGGUAAAAAAUAUAUUUAGAAAUAAGUGUUGAUAGAGAGUAAGAAAUAAUGAAAUCAGGAUAGUUGAAUCGAUAAUUUCAUGAAAAAAAAGAAGAAGAAGAAAUAAAUUUGAAGUGAUGGAAUAUAUACUAUGUCAGUAAAUUUUAUAUAAAUAUAGAAAAUCGUAUUUCUAUAAUAAAGGGUAUUUUGAUAUUGUUAGUUGAUGCUUGCUCCAAAAUGUAAAUUUUGUAGUGCUUGAUUUUGUUCUUGCUAGUGUAAAACAUAUACUUAAAAAUGCAUUUAUUUUACAUAAUUACAUGUAUGUUCAUAUGAAGUUGUGAAAUGUUUUUAUAUAUAACUAUGCAACUAUAAAUAUUUUGUCCACAAUAUUUUUUCACGAG